AAACAUAAAAUCUAUAACAAUCAAUUUUAAAUCGCUUUGUGAUAACAAUAUGAAAUGGGUUCCAUAAUAUUUAUUGUGUUUGGCUUAGUUGUUUUACGAGUUAUCGCCACCCCGUUCCCCAAGAAAGUGUCGUAUGCAGGAGCACAAAUUUGGCGAACAGCACUUCGAACACCAAAUGAUAUACUGCUCAUCAAAAAACUCUUCGAAAAUCAAGACAUUUCUAUAUGGAAUCUAUCGCCAAAACGAGCAGACUUUCUGGUCCUUGAAGACAAUAAAGUGAAAAUCCAUCGCCAGUUAAGCUCGCGAGGACUUAAUCACACGGUACUUAUUCUUGACGUGCAAAGGAGAGUAGACGCACUGAAAACAGAACCAGUACUUUGGGACGACAAUACCUUGAGGCAAGGACAUCGACUAACAUGGAAUAGGUAUCCUACAUUACGGAUUAUUGAAGAGUAUUUUAAUUAUGUAGCAGAUACUUAUCCAUCGAUAUGUAAAUUGGAAAAGAUAGGAUCUUCGUCUGAAAAUAGAUCGAUAACGAUGGUCGACGUAUCAAAUGGAAAUCCAAAUAACAUGGGUAUUUUAGUACUAUCGGGACUUCACGCGAGAGAAUGGAUUGGGAUCACAUCUGCCCUGUACAUACUAAAUAACAUCGUAACAAAGUUCGACCAGCAACCCGAAUACAUAAAAAACAAGAAUUGGUAUUUCAUACCGCUUUUGAAUCCAGAUGGAUAUGAAUACUCCCAGACAGUAAAUCGUUUAUGGAGAAAAAACCGUCGCAAAUUCAAACGUUGUUACGGUGUAGAUAUAAAUAGGAACUUUGGAAAAGAUUGGGCUAUUGACGGCAUCACGGAAAAUCAUGAAUGCAAAGAUGCGUACGCCGGACCUUUUGCAUUUUCGGAACCUGAAUCAGCGGCACUGAGGGAUGUAGUGACGAAAGCAAAAGGGAAACUCGAUGCCUUAGUAGAUAUACACUCUUACGGACAGUUAAUAUUGUAUCCAUGGAGCGCACGCCCGUGGCACAACCCAGAUAUGAAGGUACAAAAAAAUGCGGCUGAAGCCAUGACUCAGGCAAUAUUCAACUCAACAAAGAACUUGUAUAAGUCCGGCGAAACAUAUCACAUGGUGUACCCAGCAACGGGAUCAGCGCUAGACUGGAUCUACGCGUCAGGCGUGACUCACGCGUUCGCCAUCGAGACGAGAGACACCGGUGAACACGGCUUUCUAAUAUCACCACAUUACAUCGAUCCGACUGGAAAAGAACUAUUUAUCGCCGUCAAACAAUUAGCUAAGGUUCUAGGACCUAAAUUUGUCAGCAGAGGCAAGGACUAUCAAGCGUGGUUUUAAUAAAUUUCAAUAUAUAAUUUUA